AGAGUAAGUGAAAGAGAAACCCGUUCUGUUAAAGGCUCAGCGCACUUGUCCCAAUGUCGAUGGAACGCAUCUCACCACAAAAUCCUCUCAACUCAGUACCCCUAACAGCCUUGUGUAAAUCAUGGCGCCCUCCACGGUUAUAGAAGACUACUACGCGAUCCUUGAGAUUCAUCAGACUGCCACGCGGGACAUGAUCGUUAAGGCUUACAAGCGACUGGCGCUGAUCGUGCACCCAGAUCACAACCCCAAUCCAGAUGCUACGCAGGCCUUUCAACAGCUUGUCCGAGCCUAUGAGACACUAAAAGACGAGACCGCGCGGCGCGAGUACGAUAUCCUCUACCCCUCUCUGAAUAGAAGAGCACCGCAUGCCUCAGCUCCCCGCACCGGUGUCGCCAACGAGGCAGCCCAGAUUCUCGUGCUGCAGCAGGCCAAAGAGAAGCGCACCGCGCAAUGGCACUUGAGUAGCGCUGCGUUCGAUAAGACAAUCCUCCAGAUCAGCGAAGAGAUAAAUAGCCUCAAGUCGGCGAUUCAUUCCAUGAAGGAUAUCCUUGCAGCUGAGGCGGUUGAGGGUUUUCGUGCGUCGGACCGGAGUCCGCGGUUGUGGUCGUUUUCAAGGCAGAAGAAGGUGACCGAGCUUGCUGUGAAAAUACGUCAAAUGGAGGGGAAAAGAGAGGAUUUGAGGGUGAAGCAAGAGUGGUUUGAGUCAUUAAGAGCUGAUUUCAACGCGGCGAAUUUAAUGGACGACAUGAAGAUUGCAAAGCUGCGGGCGACGUUACAAACUCGGCAAAGACAACAACGGGAGCGCGCAGAAAAGGAAAGAAAGGCAGAAGAGAAAAGAAGGCAGAAGAGAAAAGAAAGGCAGAAGAGGAAAGGCGAGCAGAGGAAGAAAGGCGAGCAGAGGAAGAAAGGCGGGCAGAGAAGGAAAGACAGGCAGAGAAACAGAGACAGGAACGACGAGCACAGCAGGAAAGGCAACGAGAGCGGGUAAGACUGGCGCAGCAAGAAAGAGAGGCAGAGAAAGGCAGGCAGGCACAGCAGGAGAGAAAGGCUGAGAGAGAGAGACACGCACAGCAGGAAAGACGGGCAGACGCAGAGACACGAGCAGAUGUGACGGAACGGGCGACUGCACAACGUCGGCGCGAGGCCACAGAAGAACUUCGCCGACAGCAACA